AUCGCGCGAGAAUCUUCAAUCAUAAUAACGGAAACCUUUGACAUGCCGGUGUAGUUAUACACGUAUCAAGCUCGUCGACGUUAUUGCAUUGUUUACAUUUGUAACGAGAGUUAACGUUAGAGGCCGAACACAUUAGCGAUCGUUUUUUGUAAAAAGUAGGUCAAUUAUAAAGAGUUAGCAGAUAAUCUCUUUUUCUUUCUCAUCAAAUUUCAUCAUCAUUAAUCUGUAGAAUCGGUAUAAUGGAUUUGGCAGCUAAUGAUUUAGAAAAGACCUCUGCUGUAGAACGAGAGGCAAUGGUUAACAAACUACAUAACAUGCAAUGGUUGAAAAGUACACCCAAUUCAACAAGCCUUGUAAAAGUAAAAACUCUUUGUAAGCAAAGAAGAAGUCAUGAUGAGGAUGAAAAAAUAAAUGAUAAAGUUCUUGCAAUAGAAGAUAGCAAGGCUAAUUCAGUAGAAGAGUCUAUAUCGUGUGAAUACCAUUUGACAAUGGAUACAUGUGUAAAAGAUAUAUCCAGUGACCCGAUGACUAAAAAAAAUGAAAAUUUAUGUGAGAAAGAUAUGGAUACAUCUAAUAUGCUUCUGGAUGCUCAUGCAUUGAUUAUGCAAAAGGUUGGAAAAGAAGAAAUAUCAAGUGUGGCUACUCAGGAAAAUGUUAUAACAACACAGUUGGAAAUAUGUUGCCAUAUAGAUAAGGAACAAAAACAUCAAGAAAGUAUGUCACAGAACAUAAAUAUUCUUCAAGAUGAGACACAAAAUACCAGGUGUUCAAGUGUUCCCAAGUCGCAGAAAAAAGAUACAGAUAUGCUGAAUUUAACAGAACGUGCUGACAAAAAUAAUAAUAAUGAAUCUAUGAUACCAGAUACAUCAAAAGAAAAUACGCCAAAGUCAGAAAACGAUAAAGUAUCAACAGAAACAAAGAAUAAAGAUACUUGUAUAAGGAAGACCAAUACAUUAAAAACAAACAUUAAAAAUGCAAGUAAUACAACUUUGUCUAAAUGUUGCAAUGAUAAGCCCUCCACUCCUGUUAUUAAUUCUAAGAGAUCACUUUCCAACUUGUCAAAAUCACCAAUGACUUUUAACAAUAAGUAUGGAAAAGCAGAAAGAGUUGCCAACAAAUAUGUAUUUACAAAAAAGAAUUCUUACACAAAGGAUGAAUCUAUAAGACAGCAUAAUUGUUUUCCAACAAAAGAAGCAGAAAAUAAAACAAAGGAUAUCGCUGCAAAAUCAGACUUAUUGAAGUCAGGUUUCGAGAAAGAACCUGAUAAAACAGCCGAUAUAAAUCAAAGCGAUAAAAAAGCACACGAUACAUCCUGUACUGUCUUUUCAAAUAAGGACAAAACAUCGCAGAUCCAUCAACGAACAGCUAUAAAACAAUUUAUUCCGAAAUCCAAAGGACAGGAGUUUUCAAGAAGCAGUACGUCAACCGCGUUUAAUCGUACUUUCGAUAAAAAUAAAGUACCAGAGAAAAUGGAAAAAGCAACACCUGUUUCCAAAAGUUCUGAUUCGUCUUUGCGUGAAUCUGCGAGGAAGAGCAGUGAUAAAAAUGUUUCAAACGAUCAAAAGAACUAUUGCGCCAACAGGAGUACCACAUUUUUUAUAAAUAAAAACUCAACAUUGUCAAGGCCCGUGAAGUCUAAGAAUAUGUCGGGGAACGUCGGAUAUACUCCAGCUAGCGGAAGAAAUCCACUGUAUGCGCGUAGUAAUACAACACCUGAUAAGGAGCGCUCUGGUAACACCGAGUAUAGAGCUGGUACGAAAGCAAAAAAAGACUACCUACCGAUUGAUACACUUUCCAACGUAAACACGAAAACUGAACAACUCUAUGCAAGCAAUUUAGAGACUGAUAAGAAUCAGCAAUGCGAGAAGAACAAAGACGCACAAUCGGCAAAUACAAAAUCGUCAAAUGUACACAAAACAGACGCGUCAAUUCUUGACAAUAAGAAUAACAUAAAUUUCACAGAAGAUAAGAAGCCUGCAAAUGUUGAAGAUCACGCGAAACAGGUACCUGUAACACCCGAACCAAGCUACAAAAAUGAAAAGACAAUCAACAACGUUAAAACUGAUGCAGAUCAACAACCAACAGAUGCGGAUAAGAAAGAGAACAACGAGGAACUUAAGCCAUCGAAAGACUCGUUCGGUUUAUACUUAGAUAAGAGCUACACAGGAUCGCAAACUUAUCCGACGAGUCCGCCUGUAUUCAAGCCGGAGAACACACAACAGACGGAUGUGAAUCAAACAAAAAACAAUCCGUCUAUUUGGAAUGAUUUGUCCGACUCAUUGCGAAGGAACAUAAGCAUGCAGCACUCUGUUCAGAGUAUACAUUCACAGCAGACUAUCAUUCAGACAGAAAAUCAACGAUCGCAGACGUCACUGCGGGAAGUGGAUUACGGCAGAUUUUAUGAUCAAUGUUUGCCGAUGAGCGACACGACACGGCCGUCGCAAAUCUCGAACACUUUCGAUGCAGUGCCGUAUGAGUACAACAUGCAAGCGACACCGGGUGACCGCGGCGACGUCACGACCAUGUUAGACACGAUGAGCGGCAAUCGGGAUAAUUCAAAUGUGUCGCACCGAUACACAUCAAACGUGCAGCAGAGACCUUUCACGCCACUGUCGGACUUAUCCGGUCAUUCUGUGCCGUCGAGUCAGGUCAGUAGAUGGAACCUUUCGUUGCAAGACGGUUUUCACGUAGAGCAACCCGCCGCGACGAUGCACGUCUACAGCGCUGCGGCUUUCGAUCAGGACGAUUUCAACGGCGCGCAAGUGCCGACGGCGAAUUGCCUACCAGCGCAUCAUCUGCUCUACACACCGUACAUGCAAACUUGGAACUCACAGCUGCACUAUCCGACGCCAGUCUUUCACAAUCCCCCGUGCACCAGCUACACUAUACUGCCAAACGUGACCAACCAAUCGAGCAAUUACAACGACGCCAACGUCAGCCCGAUAACAAUGUGCAUGCACGAGCAGCCGCAGCACAGGUAUAUUCAUUACGUACCAUCCAACAGUAAUGCUACGAUGCAGAUGCACGCGAACCCGAGCUAUAUGAAGGAUAUGUACGGUUGCGACUUGAAUAACUGCCUGGAAACGAGGAACCCUGUCGUCGACGAGAAUCCUAUAAGACCUCCCAAUCGAUAUUACAAAAGAUAUCAGGACAACUGCCGGACAGCUUACGACGUUCCACAGUACGCGACUACGGCUUCGCAGCCGAUUUCACGACCGCAGCAACAGCAACAACUUUUCGUGCCCGCGAGUUUAAAUCAGUACAAUGUCUAUGGUCCACCGGGUCAAAAGUAUUACAAGCAGAACACGAUGAAUUUCACGCAGCCACCGCCGAACAGCCCGAAGGGGCAGAAGAUGCAGGACUUAGUGUGUGAGGACAACAGCCUAGAGGACAUUCCUCCGAUCAUAUCGCCCAAGGAAUUCAUGACGAGCAAUGUUAAUUUCUCAAACAGGACCGAUCAGUUCACCCCGCGCAUAUUCAAGCCGGACUUUAAGAUGAGACCGAAUACAGGUUAUCGCCAGCCGUUUCAGAGAUACAGCGGCGGCUUCCGCAAAAAUACAUAUCACGAUUUCCCAAAAGAAUACACACCCUCGACUGGUAUCGGCCGCGGUAUUUCUAAGACCAGUCAAAACACGAAAAUGUAAGCUAGUACGAAACGUAAGAGACGCACAUGUGAUUUAAACCGUUAGCUUUCCCGAGCUGUGAUACAAAGUUCAUUUAUAUUGAUGGAAAAAUUAUUUUCUUUUUAAAUAUAUGUUUUAUCUUUUGCAAAUAUGUGAUGUUAUGUAUCUGAAACAGUCAAAUUGACAUUUCAUAGCUAAUCGAGGAAACUAUCGCAACGAUUUGCCAUUUAUCGCGAUCUAUUAUAGUUCGUUUUUUCUCUUUUUUUUCUCUUCUCUCCACGAAGCGUGGCUUACAAGGAUACUAAUUAUAAGUUUUGAUACAACAAGCGAUUGAUUUGAAUAUUAGAAAAGCUAUAACAAAUACCAAAAAAGAGAGCAUUAUUAUGUUUAUUUGUGUUAUAUAUCUAGCGAUAUGAGCAUACUCGAAGCGACUGUAUUUCGAAGCUCGCCGUAAGCCUUUAUAACUUGAGAAAUUAUGCUCAUAGCUGUUUAAGUUCUCUAUUUAAGUUGAUACAUUUUUAUAAUAGCGUAGGGAGAGAGGGAGAGAGAAAGAAAUUUAAGUUACAUAUACUAGAGUAUGUGCGACCGUUAUAUUAAGAUGUCAUUGCGAAAGAUACUGUCCAACGGGUAUAGAGCAUGUAAGAUUUUCUUGUUCGAUUUUUUGUAAUUUUAAGAUAAAAUGUUUCACACACAGAAAAUUGUAUUCUAUAUAAAUUCUAUUUUUCUAUCUUAUUAUGGUUCAAACUGUAUCGUUAACGAAGAUGAUACAGUUUAUUUUUGUCGAUUGAAGAUUUUUAUAAAAAUAAAUACAACAAAUACUUUUCAUUA